AUGAGCCAUCCCGGUUGGGUGAUGGUUUCUCUUCUAACUGAACUGUUAUCUUCUUAUGGAGGUCAUGGAAGACCAGAUCUCAAUUGUGCCAAUGACACUGAUAUUAUAAACAGUUUGCUCAAAGACUCUUAUAAUAAGCAUUAUUUGCCAUCACACCCAACUCAAGUUCGCGUAGAUAUGUGGGUUCAAGAAGUCACAGCAGUUUCAGAACUCACUCAGGAUUUUGAAAUAGAUUUGUAUAUUAAUGAAUUUUGGGAAGACCCCGCACUAGUCUUUGACUAUAUGAACCCAUGUAAAUCUAAUAUCUCUUUCGACGAUAAAGUCCUCCAGAAGCUUUGGAUUCCUAACACAUGCUUCAUAAACUCAAAAAACGCCGCUAUUCACGAAUCUCCAUUCAGGAACGUUUUCUUGAUGGUUUUCGCUAACGGAACAUUAUGGACCAACUAUCGGAUGAAACUGACUGGACCUUGCGACAUGAAUCUCAAACGGUUUCCCUUUGAUAAGCAAAGAUGCUUCUUAACAUUCGAAUCAUAUAACUAUAAUACGGGUGAAGUUCGAAUGCAAUGGAAUCAGCCAUAUCCCGUCAUGCUACUCAAGACAAUCCAAUUACCCGACUUCGAAAUGGUUAAUUUCAGUGUCAUAGCUGUAGAACAGAUGUAUCCGGCUGGAUGGUGGGAUGAGUUGACUGUUGCUUUUGUAUUCAAAAGACGAUAUGGAUGGUAUAUACUUCAGGGAUAUAUUCCAACUAUGGUCACUAUUGUAAUUUCAUGGAUCUCUUUUUAUCUUGGGCCAAGAGCCAUUCCUGCACGUACUAUGUUAGGAGUGAACUCCUUAUUAGCUAUGACAUUUCAAUUUGGUAACAUUAUCAGAAAUCUUCCUCGGGUCUCUUAUGUAAAAGCAAUUGAUGUAUGGAUGUUAAGUGGAAUGCUUUUCAUUUUUCUCUCUCUUCUGGAGUUGGCUGUUGUUGGUUUUAUGUCAAGAAAUGAUGGUUUACCACCGAAAGCAAAAAAGAAAAGGAAUAGAGACGAUGAUGAUGAGGAAGAGUUCUCGUGGAAAGGUAUUCAAACAAGUCCUCAUAUGGAACUCCGACAGUUCUGGGUGGAUAAACGUAUACAUUCACUUCGCAAUUCUGAACAUGAACCCAAUAUACCUUUACCCGAUACAAGUUCGACGAUGGAAGUGGAAGUUCCGUAUCCUAUACAGAGGAGGCGUCGACGCUUAGGAUUGUGGGACACAAUUCGUGCCAAAUGGAAAGCACUUGGCCCAUUGCGUCCCGAAACAGUGGAUUUUUAUAGUGCUAUCUUGUUUCCAACCUCAUACUGUCUUUUUAAUAUAAUAUAUUGGGGAUACUAUUUAUCAAGUCUUUCAGCUGCUAUUGAGGAUGAUCCAGGACCUGUCUAA